AUGUAUGCAGGUUCACCACCGUGGGAGCAGUAUCAAGGAGGAUGGCCACACUGGCAGUGGCUGCGGGACUUCUUGUUAGUCUACAACAAAAUGACAGAAACCUGCUUCAACAAGUGUGUGACCAACCUCAACUACAGGAACAUCACAUUGACUGAGGAGAAUUGCAUCAACAAUUGUGCUGGUAAAUUGAUCCACACCAACCAUCGGUUAAUGAGUGCCUACGUCCAGCUCAUGCCAACCAUUGUUCAAAGAAGAAUCUCUGACUAUGAGGCAAAAGCUGCUGAGGUUGUGCAGAAAUCAAAUGUGAAUCUACCUGCAUCAGAGAGCCAAAGCAGCAUUGCUGAAAUCGUACCAGUGGACUUGGAGAAUUCCAUUAUCCCUGACCCCCUGAAUCAGACCAACACUGGCUCUCCUGAUCAGAGUUAGUUUCUUGGUCCCAAUGUCACCUUUGCCGUAAUUCUUUCACUUACUCUAAUGUGCCCAGACUGAGUGAUUCGCUCCAACUUCCAGUGAAUCAAACAGUGCCAAUGGGAACUGGCAUGUAACAGAAAAUCGAGAGACCCAGCACAAUACCUACACACUUGCCUGGCAUUUUGAACAGGUGGUUGCAGAGGCUGGAGCCACAGAUUUGCGAUGGGCAAAUGUGACGUGGAAAGGACAAGAAUUGGGACUGACCACGGCUUCUAGACAGUGACAAAACUGGAAACCAGAAGUCAUAUUGACCAGAAUAGCCAGAGUGGUUCACGCUGGUUGUGAAAAAGAAGAUGCAGCUACUGCAUGCCUUACACCAAAAAGGAGCUCACAGAGCUACAGCAUGGAACUCAUUAAAGUUAGUUUCAUUGAGAAUG